CGACACGCUGGAGCCCAGUGGCGUCAGGUUCGUCUACCGCGACAACAACAGCUUCAGCAACGACGUCGAGCCAGAGUUCGUGACUCUCGAUGAAAAAUCCCACACGGCUUAUGUCUGUUUACAGGAGAACAACGCGAUCGCCGUGGUGGAUCUGACGUCAGAGAACAUCGAACAUGUGUACGGUCUGGGGUUCAAACACUGGGGCCAUUUCGAUGCUAGCAACAAGGACCAAGGUAUCCAGAUCUCCUACUGGCCUAUCCGGGCCUGGUACCAGCCGGACGCCGUCCUGUUCUACACCUUCCAGGGGAGACGACUCAUCUUCUCCGCCAACGAGGGCCGGCUCAAAUUCUCCUCUGUGGACGGUAAGGACGAGCAGGGAAACUACCAGCAUCUCUACACCUACGGGGGGCGGAGCUUCAGUGUGUGGGACGCUGACCAGGGCAUGACCCAGAUCUACGACAGUGGCAGUCACAUAGAGGAGAGCACCGCCCUGCACUGCCCGCAUCUCUUCAACAUGGACGGCAACGACGAACAGCCGGACUCACGCUCUGACGAUAAGUUUCGGAUCUGACCUGACCAAGCCACGGUUCGAGACCAUCUUCUGUGAUGGUAUCCCUGACGACAGCCGGACUCCUGAUCAGCGGUUUGCUGACAGGGACCUGUUUGCUGUUGAUCCGGAAGAUAUUCACUGCUGGGAGUGUGUGGGUUCUGGCUGCGUCUCUCUUGGUCACGUGGUUCAAGACAAGAGAAAUAAGCGCUUAAUAAGGACGGCGCACCUUUUCCCACCUUUCCUUUGUGAUUUGGAUCUGCAAUCUCUACCCUUCCUCUGUAUUUACCAUAUAGCUCGCCCACUUCUUUGGCCGUUGAGGUUUAAAUCUGUUUGGUUCCUUUGGAAAAUUGCCCAACCGCAUCGUUAUCAUUGGAGAAGCAAUAGUAAAAUCAGUGGUAUUGGAAAUGUAAGGAAUUUUUCUUGAGUCUGACGUAAUAUUACUGGUGAUUACAUACGUUUUGGAUGCCAUUAAAUAUUCCGAAA